UAAACUAGUGACGUUGAAAGAUAGCUAUAUUCACUCACUGCUACAUUGGAAUCAUCGACACUGUUUAGUUAGCCUCUAUAGCUUACGCUUGUUCUUCAUCCUCCUCCUUCUUCGUAUUCUACAUCACUCUUCCUCUUCUCUUCGAUCUCAUCGCCUCCUUCUUUAUUAUUUUCGCCUCUUUCUUCAUUCCUUUGCAGAGAUCAGCUACCCAUUUUGAGCUGAGGACAACGAGGAAGCAGGUUCGCGGGUUGGCUUCGUUCCAAUGGCCUCGUUUACUGUCCCCUGCCCCAAAUGUGUUUCUCCUCUCCAUCUAGGAUUCGGCUGGCAGAAUCCGCAGCGCGGCAAGCAGAUUCUGUCGUUUCAGAAUGGGUUGAGCUUGAAGCCGUGCCAAUCUGAUCCAGCGUUAUUUGGGACUCGGAGCCUUAACAAAAAGCAAUUUUCUUCCUUGAGGUUUCAAGCGCAGCCGAAUGAGGCUACUGCUGUCAAAGAUCCUUCAAACUCUGCACCCAUACUUAACACCGGAUCUGAAGUUGCAUCAUCACAAGAGAAAGAUGAUGGGAAACUCUCUGAUCCAAGCACUUCUGUGGAUGCAGCUUCAAUUUCUGCAUUCAUGAAUCAAGUAUCUAAUCUUGUCAAGCUUGUGGAUUCCAGAGAUAUUGUGGAGUUGCAACUUAAGCAAUCAGACUAUGAGCUCUUGAUAAGGAAAAAGGAAGCUUUGCAGCCUCCACCAACCACAGCAGUAGCUCCCGUGCCAGCAUCUUUACCUUAUCCCACUCUUCCUUCUCCAUCCCCAGUACCAGUUGCUGCUCCUGCUCCUGCAAGCCCUCCACCUUCAAAAGCAGCGCCUGCCUCACCUUCACCAGGGAAAGCAAGUACCUCAUCUCAUCCACCACUGAAGAGUCCAAUGGCUGGAACCUUUUAUCGAAGUGCAGCACCUGGUGAACCACCAUUUGUCAAGGUGGGAGAUAAAGUGCAGAAAGGCCAGGUCUUAUGCAUUAUUGAGGCUAUGAAACUGAUGAAUGAGAUUGAAGCUGAUCAAUCAGGCACCAUAGUCGAGAUACUCUUGGAAGAUGGGAAAUCAGUCAGCGUAGAUUCGCCUCUUUUUGUAAUUGCACCAUGAGUACGAGGAGGAACUUUCUUCAAAGUUGGGCAACCCUCUUUGUUGGGUAAAAUGAGGAUUCACAGAAUUUUUUAUGAUUACCUUUGCUGUGUAACUCAAUCUUCUUCUGUUAGUCUCGUUUACAAAAUCCAUGCUUCUUUACCUUUUUCUAUUUAUUUUAUAUGAAGUUUUAUUCAUGAAGUCUUCACCAUGUUGAAAUGAAUACUGGAAAGAGUUGCAGCUUUAAAUAGUUUGGUGCUAUGGUAAAGCUGUUGACUAUUUUGCCAUCCGCUGACUGCUGCUAUAUGAGCAUCUUUCUGCAGCUGAGAGAUGGAAUUGUACUCAAAAUAAUGUUUGUUUUAUAAUUGAGCAUAUCUCACUGUUGAUAUCAAUAUCAAACACCCAAAGUUAUUAUUUAUUUA